AUGGAAUCUGGGACGCCUGCUCAGCAACAGGCCGGCGGCGCCGGAGCUAGCUGGGGCUCGUUCCUCAAGUCUAUCGCGUCCUUCAACGGCGAUCUCUCUAGCCUCACCGCGCCGCCCUUCAUCCUCUCAGCCACUAGUUUGACCGAGUUCAGCUCAUAUUGGUGCGAGCACCCAUCUAUCUUCGCCGCGCCCGCCAAAGAAGCCGACCCCGCAAAACGCGCGCUCCUAGUGCUGAAGUGGUUUUUGACCACUUUAAAGCAGCAGUACGCUAGCCGAAGUGAACAAUAUGGAAAUGAGAAAAAGCCCCUUAAUCCAUUCCUCGGCGAGCUUUUUCUAGGGAAAUGGGAAGAUGACGCCGGGACCACUGAGUUGAUCAGCGAGCAAGUUAGCCACCACCCCCCAGCAACUGCAUACAACAUCACCAACCUUGCCAGCGGCGUUCGGCUAGAAGGCUACAAUGCCCAGAAAGCGUCCUUUUCCAAGACGAUCAACAUCAAACAGAUUGGCCAUGCGGUGCUGAGUGUACCUUCAACAUCGCCCGGAGAACCGGAAACCUUCCUUAUCACCCUGCCAUCCCUGCAUAUAGAGGGUCUUAUCUUCGGUUCUCCCUUCAUCGAACUAGAGGGCAGCUCCUAUAUCACGUCUUCUACCGGUUUCACAGCCAAAAUUGACUACAGCGGCAAGGGCUGGUUAUCCGGGAAGAAGAACUCGUUCACUGCGAUUCUUUAUCCCACCGGCAAUGAAAAAGAAGUGUUGUUCAACGUGUCCGGGCAAUGGACCAGAUCCUUCGAGAUCCACUCCGGGGCCGCAAAGCACAACAACAAAGACAACCUCAUCGAAAAUUGGGUCCCUCUUCCUCUCAGUGAGCUCGACAUCGCCCCUCUGGAGAAGCAACACCCUCUCGAGUCCCGACGGGCUUGGUCCAAGGUGGCAGCCGCGAUCGCCAAAGGCGAUCUUGACACAGUCAGCGUAGAAAAAGGCAAAAUUGAGAAUGCGCAGCGCGAGUUGCGCGCCCAGGAGCGGGCCGAAGGGCGCACUUGGGAGCGCCGUUACUUCACAGACCGUACCGAUGUUGUGGACCCAAUCUUGAACAGCCUUGGACCGGCCGUCAGCCUACCCGAAAAUGGCGAUUCUGACAAGACCGGCGGUUUAUGGCGAUUUGAUCAUGCCAAGUCGGAGGCAGUACGGAAGGAGUCCCUUCCUGAGGGCGAGAAGGCGGAACAAUUGGCGAAAUUGUUGCUCGGGCAAUGA